ACAGCAGUGCAUCCCCCCUUCUCCCUCGCUCCCAGCAUUCCUCGUUAAUCUGUUGUGAUUAGAGCCCUCGUCCCACAGGCACGCCGCUGCGAAACCCGCUCGCGCGACCUCUCACGCUACCGUCUGCCCACCGACCUGUGACGUAUCACCACCGACCGACACUUGGUAAGUUCCGAGCAUCGGUGGCCCGUGCGCAGUCACUAUACUUCUACACCACGCCCCCGCCUCCUUUCACCCCAACGCACACCACGCUCCCCCUUACGUCUUCGCGAUAGCCGCAAUUGACCGCACGCCAGAACAGCCACCAACACCACUACCACUGCCCCGCCGCCACACCACCGCCAUGUCCAACAGCCCCCCUCGCUCCCCCGGCGCUCGGCGGCGCGCCUCCGUCACCGGCGAGACGUUCCAGGGCCUCUUCGGCGGUCGCCAGAACAGCGUAGGAGGCCAGGGCGGCGCCCAGCCGUACCCGGGUCCGAUCACGUCUGCAGCUGUCAACGCUCAGCGACGGCGCCUGUCCCUCACCACGCUUGGUCUGUCAGGCUCCCCGAGCCAGACGUCGCCCUUCCAGAGCGCUCGCCCACGCACAGAGAGCCUGUCCAGCGCCAACUCGGGCUCCGUCGACGAGAGUCCCUUUGAAGAUGAUCCGGCGCCAUCCGCCUCCAGCUCCAGCAGCAACCCCGCCACACCUUUCGCUCGCCGACUGAGCUUCGGCGCACGCGCACUACGGGAUGUCAGGCAGAGCAACGGGAGCGUUGGGAAUCCCAAUGGUAGACCCUCCAUCCAUAAAGCCUCCUCUCCCCCGACUACUAGAGGUCGAGGUCUGUCUUCAUCCUCGCCCUCCUUCCCUUCGCCUCUGCCGAUUCUUGUCCCGCCUGCGUCUCCUUCGUCUUUGCACUCUGAGCGUUCCGCCUCCCUGCCCUCGUCUGAUUUAUCGCACGUCCUUGCAGAGUACUACAAGCGACACCCAGACCAAGCUUUCGGAGAACACGAGCUGACUACCAUGCUCUCGCAUACAGGCGAAGGCUACAAUUUCGCAGAGAACCUCCGCUCCCGCGCCGAGCGUACCUCCAUGUCUAGUGCACACCCGAUCCAUAGCCCGCAGGCUCCACCACACCAGCGCGCCAAGAGCGUUGCCAUCAUGGAGCCUCCCGCUCGGGAGAUGCCCAAGCAACCGAAGGUGCCCGACGCCAUGCAGGAGCGCAUUCUCAAGGGCGACUUUUACAUGGACUAGCGAGGAGCGUGAUGCUACGUUGGCAUCUGCUUCGUUUCAAGUCAUGUGUGAUUAGCCCUUCGCCUACGUCUUUCCUAGCGAUCAAUUUCCGCACGUCAGCAAUGUUUUCAUCAUCCAGGAUCUUCGGAGGGGAUGGUUUUCUUACCUAGUAUCAAGAUGGGGCGCAAAAUAUCCCAAUGUAUUGCUUGUUGGAGAUUUUCG